UCUAAACAGUUGAUAUUUAUAAUUUAUUUAUUUUUGUAAAUCAUAUUAAGUACUCAAUUUAAAAUAUAUGACUGUUUUAAAAACAUAUGUUACUUAACAAAAUCAGAUUUUUUUUUAAUUUACAAAGAGUUUUAAGUACAUAAGCUGCACGAGUUAUUUUGCCCUUUGCAAACGCCGGAAAAAGUUCUUGCUGAAGUUUCAGUAUGGAAAAACUGACAAAUAUUUGGGCUGAACUUGAGAAAAAGAAAAAAUUACCCAGUGGACCUCUCACCCAGUCGUGUCAGGCGGAACUGCAGGAGUUGAUGCGACAGCUGGACAUCAUGUUGAGUUCAAAGAAACGCGAGUGGGAGCGAGACAUGGAAUCUCUGCAGGUCAAACUCGACAUGCGGGACCAGGAGCUGCGACUGAACACGUCGACACUGCACCUGAAAAAUAAAGAGAAUGAAGACCUCCACAGUCAAGUGAUGGUUAUGAACAAAGUGCAGAAAGAGAUUGUUGAAGAAUAUGAAGGUCAACUUAUAGAACUGAGGUCAGAGGUACACAAGAUGAAGAAGGAGUAUGAGAAGUUACAGCGGAAGUACGCGAAGCAGGCGCGGGAGACGCGCAGGAUGAAGGAGGACGUGUUGUCGGAGAUCGGCGGCAGCAAGACGGAGAUCACCAGACUGAGGGACCAGCUCGAGGAAUACCACCAGAGGUCGAAGGAGUGGGAUCAGCAGAAACGAAUCACUCAGAAGGAAAUAGAGAGUCUUGAGGCACAGAAGAGAGCACUGAAAGAGAAAUGCGAUUUUAUACAGCAGCAGUCGGAGACUUGCCAGUCACAGCUUGGUCGUCGCCGUCGGUUACAAGGGGAAACAGAGUCGGCACUGAACACGAAAAUCACACAGUUGGAAGAACAGCUAGAGAGAUGUACAGAAAUAGGCUCACAGCAGCAGGGGAAGAUAACUAGUCUGAAGAAGUCGCUAAGUGAAGCACUCUCGGCUCAUAAACAAGCCAUGACUGACAACGAAGUUCUUCUGGAAGACGUCAGGAAACUCACCCAUCGUUUAAGGGUUGCUGAGAAUGAGAAGUGCACCCUGGGAAGUGAGCUGGAGUCGCGGGAACACCUGCUGAGAACGGCCCAGGAAGACUGUCAGCAGUGUUACCAUAGACUGACCUCCGCCGAGCAAACGCUGGCCGCCAAGGACAACAUCAUCAGGAGUCUAGGAGACUCCAACAAGGAGGAGGUAUCAGAAAAAGUGACAAGUUUACAGCAAUCUUUACAGGAGGCAGCCAGUCAGAUCAGAGACCUGCGACGGAGGGAGAAACAGUUGAAGGAUGAGGUGUCUGUGCUGGAGAACAAAUUCAAGAUGGCCACCACGAGAACAGCAGACGUCACCAAUCAGCUGCAGGAAAAGGAUGACGAAUUGCAUCACAUUAAGAAUACUCAAGUGAAUCAGCUGACGCUGGAUAUUCAGAAGUUAGUUGACAAACUGUCCACGUUAGAGGACACUCACCAGGCUCAAACGGACGGCAUGAAGGUCAAACUGUCUGAGUUGACCACAGAACUACACCGGCGCGAUUCGAUGGUGGUCACUCUGAGUGAAAAGUCAUCACGGAUAGAGACGCAGGUCAGAGAGAUUUCCAGCCAGCUGGACAACAAGUUGGCCGAACUAAAGGUUGCCACGGCCCAGAUUGAGUCUCUGCGUGUGGAGAACCGACACCUGCGACACGACGUCAUGGAAAAACUGGGCAACGUGUUUGACCGCGUCGAGGCCGAGCACCGACUCCAGAUGAUAAACGACGAUUACCUCGACCGAAUCACCCGACUCCAGAAGGAGAAUCGUGAACUGCGAGAGGAUAUUGUUCGGCUUCAUCAGGAAAUGGCGGCCAAGGAGCAUGGUUUCCAUGAUGAACUACAAGCUACAACAACCAACUCCACACUCACCAUACAAGGCCUUAAGGCAAAUGACCAGAGGGAGCGUGACCGUGCAGAGAUCGCGACCGACCACCGAUUCGGGACGAUGCAGGACUACAUGGACUCGACGGUGCGACGCCACCGCGACCAGAUUGACGUGCUUGAGUCACAGAGAAACAGACUGCAGGAUGAGCUGCAGAUGGAGAAACAAGAAAACACACGGUUAACAGACCUGGUGCAGGAGAAGAGUGCGGACACGACAGGUCAGUCGGAAGACAGUGUCAGCGGGACGAACCUCGAGUCCGAGCCCAUGUCUCUCCUACACUCACUCGACGAUUUAGACUCUCCAAGCCUGUCCGUCAAUGUCAGUUUUAACAGCAGCACGGCGGAGGCUGCGGCUGAAAGGUUUCUCACUGGUGAACGGGAACGACUGAAAGAGUUGGAGACUCUGAUAGACUCUCGCAUAGAGGACAUGAAAACCACCAUGGACAACACAAUCAAGAAAUAUCACAGAUAACGGAACGUCUCGCAGUGUGCAUGAGUGGGAAUGAGAAGGUGAAUCAGCAGAUGUCACAUUAGAGAACGUCUCUUCCAUUAUUGGUGUGUAGAUGUCACAGAGAAUGUCUCUUCCAUUAAUGGUGUGCACAUGUCACAUUGGAGAACGUUUCUUCCAUUAUUGUGUGCAGAUAUCACAGAGAAUGUCUCUUCCAUUAAUGGUGUGCAGAUGUCACAGAGAAUGUCUCUUCCAUUAAUGGUGUGCACAUGUCACAUUGGAGAAUGUCUCUUCCAUUAUUGGUGUGCAGAUGUCACAGAGAAUGUCUCUUCCAUUAAUGGUGUGCACAUGUCACAUUGGAGAACAUCUCUUCCAUUAAUCAUGCGCAGAUGACACAUUAGAGAAUGUCUUCCGUUAAUGAUUUGCAGAUGACAUAUUAGAGAAUGUCUCUUCCAUUAAUGGUGUGCACAUGUCACAGAGAAUGUCUCUUCCAUUAGUGAUAUGCAGAUGACAUAUUAGAGAAUGUCUCUUUCGUUAAUGAUGUGCAGAAGCACAUUAGAGAACGUCUCUUCAGUUAAUGAUAUGCAGGUGACACAUUAGAGAAUGUCUCUUCCAUUAAUGAUAUGCAGAUGACACAUUAGAGAAUGUCUGUUCAGUUAAUAAUAUGCAGAUGACACAUUACAGAACGUCUGUUCAGUUGAUGAUAUGCAGAUGACACAUUAGAGAACGUAUUUUCAGUUAAUGAUAUGCAGGUGACACAUUAGAGAACGUCUGUUCAGUUAAUGAUAUGCAGAUGACACAUUAGAGAACGUCUGUUCAGUUAAUGAUAUGCAGACACAUUAGAGAACGUCUGUUCAGUUAAUGAUAUGCAGGUGACACAUUAGAGAACGUCUGUUCAGUUAAUGAUAUGCAGGUGACACAUUAGAGAACGUCUGUUCAGUUAAUGAUAUGCAGAUGACACAUUAGAGAACGUCUGUUCAGUUAAUGAUAUGCAGGUGACACAUUAGAGAACGUCUGUUCAGUUAAUGAUAUGCAGGUGACACAUUAGAGAACGUCUGUUCAGUUAAUGAUAUGCAGGUGACACAUUAGAGAACGUCUGUUCAGUUAAUGAUAUGCAGGUGACACAUUAGAGAACGUCUGUUCAGUUAAUGAUAUGCAGAUGACACAUUAGAGAACGUCUCGUCAGUUAAUGGCAUGAAGAUGUUACAUUAGAGAACGUCUCUUCAGUUAAUGAUAUGCAGAUGACACAUUAGAGAACGUCUCGUCAGUUAAUGGCAUGAAGAUGUUACAUUAGAGAACGUCUCUUCAGUUAAUGGCAUGAAGAUGUUACAUUAGAGAACAUCUCUUCAGUUAAUGGCAUGAAGAUGUUACAUUAGAGAACGUCUCGUCAGUUAAUGGCAUGAAGAUGUUACAUUAGAGAACGUCUCGUCAGUUAAUGGCAUGAAGAUGUUACAUUAGAGAACGUCUCUUCAGUUAAUGGCAUGAAGAUGUUACAUUAGAGAACGUCUCUUCAGUUAAUGGCAUGAAGAUGUUACAUUAGAGAACGUCUCUUCAGUUAAUGGCAUGAAGAUGUUACAUUAGAGAACGUCUCUUCAGUUAAUGGCAUGAAGAUGUUACAUUAGAGAACAUAUCUUCCAUUAAUGAUAUGCAGAUGUCAGUUAUUAAAUAUCCGUUACAUUCUAUACAAUUUAACGUCAUCCCAUUGGUCCAGCCAUAGCAACACAAGUUUGUUCAUUUCUCGAUGAAUGUAAAAAAUAAACGUUGGGGAACAUCAUAUUAGAUGACGUCACUCUGUGUGGGUACUUAUGUGUCUUAUUGAGCGGUAUUGUUUAGAACCAAAAAUAGAAUUCAAAAUAAAAUAUAGUAAGUAUGUUUCAAAGUUAAUUAUAAGUAUUGUCUGUUAUUUAUUUUACAUUCAUAUAGGUUCAUACCCCGAUGAAUGUAAAACAAAUCACAGACAAUCAUUAAUUGAAAAAUGAAAUCUUUAAAGCUGCAAUCAUACCUGCCUAUCUGAUAACAUCGUUUUCUGUGCAAAAUACAAACACAUUUGCUGUUUUAAUAAAUUUGACAGUGUU